GGGUGAAACGGCUGGAUGGACUUGAGAGGAGGCUCGGAGGCCCUCCGUUGCGCGCGGGGGCGGGGUUUCGCGCUGUUUGGGAGGACGCUGCGUCGGGGGCGGGGCCAGCGCGUGCGCCCCAAGAUGGCGGCUGCCAGUGUGGCUGGGCCGGCGCUGAAUGUGUUCCCAUUCCGCGACGCCCGCGCCGCUCCGGAUCCGGUGCUGGAGGCCGGCCCGGUGGCACAGGGGCCACAGCCGGUGCCACUGGUGUUGGACAACGGGUCGUUCCAGGCCCGCGCAGGCUGGGCUUGCCCCGGGCCGGACCCAGGCCCCGAACCCCGGCUGCAGUUCCGUUCUGUGUGCGCCCGAGGGCGAGGCGGGGCUCGGGGCGGGGCGGGCCCCCAGGUGGGCAACGCGUUGGGCAGCCUGGAGCCCCUGCGCUGGAUGCUGCGCUCACCUUUCGACCGCAACGUGCCCGUAAACCUGGAGCUGCAGGAGCUGCUGCUUGACUACAGUUUCCAGCAUCUGGGUGUCUCCUCACAGGGCUGUGUUGAUCAUCCCAUAGUGUUGACAGAAGCUGUGUGCAACCCGCUGUAUUCACGACAGAUGAUGUCCGAGCUUCUCUUUGAGUGCUAUGGGAUUCCUAAGGUUGCCUAUGGAAUAGACAGCCUCUUCAGCUUCUACCACAAUACACCAAAGAACUUGAUUUCAAGUGGGCUCAUCAUUUCAUCUGGCUACCAGUGUACACAUAUUUUACCCAUCCUAGAAGGGAGAUUGGAUGCUAAAAACUGCAAGCGCAUCAAUCUGGGAGGAAGCCAGGCAGCUGGUUACCUCCAGCGCCUCCUGCAGCUGAAGUAUCCUGGGCACCUGGCAGCCAUCACUCUCAGCCGCAUGGAGGAGAUCCUGCACGAGCACAGCUACAUCGCCGAGGAUUACGUGGAAGAAUUGCAGAAAUGGCGAUGCCCUGAUUACUACGAAAACAACGUCCACAAGAUGCAGCUCCCAUUUUCCAGCAAGCUCCUAGGCAGCACCCUGACCUCUGAGGAGAAGCAGGAGAGGCGACAGCAGCAACUGCGGCGGCUGCAGGAGCUCAACGCCCGGCGGCGGGAGGAGAAGCUGCAGCUGGAUCAGGAGCGGCUGGACAGGCUGCUCUACGUGCAGGAGCUCCUAGAGGAUGGCCAGAUGGAUCAGUUCCACAAAGCCCUGAUAGAGCUGAACAUGGACUCCCCGGAGGAGCUGCAGUCCUACAUACAGAAGCUCAGUGCAGCAGUGGAGCAGGCUAAGCAGAAGAUGCUUCAAGCGGAGGUCAGCCUCGAGGUGGAUGUGGUGGACAGCAAGCCAGAGACCCCUGACCUGGAGCAGCUCGAACCGUCUCUGGAAGAAGUGGAAAGCAUCAAUGAUUUCGAGCCCUUGUUUUCAGAUGAAACGCCUGAAGCAGAGAAGCCAGUGACCACGGUCCAGCCCGUGUUUAACUUGGCAGCAUACCAUCAGCUGUUUGUUGGGACAGAAAGAAUUCGAGCUCCAGAAAUUAUCUUCCAGCCCUCUCUCAUUGGAGAAGAGCAGGCCGGCAUAGCGGAGACACUGCAGUACAUUCUGGACAGGUACCCGAAAGAUGUUCAGGAACUGCUGGUUCAGAACGUUUUCCUCACUGGCGGGAACAUGAUGUAUCCUGGGAUGAAGGGCAGAAUCGAGAAGGAGCUGUUGGAGAUGAGACCCUUUCAGUCUUCUUUUCAGGUUCAGCUGGCCUCAAACCCCGUGCUGGACGCCUGGUAUGGUGCUCGUGGCUGGGCCUUGGACCACCUGGACGACGAGGACGUGUGGAUCACCCGGAAGGACUACGAAGAGAAGGGAGGAGGCUACCUCAAGGAGCACUGCGCUUCCAACGUUUACGUCCCCAUCCGCCUGCCCAAGCAGGCUUCGCGCUCCGAGGCCCAGGCGUCCAGCAAAGGCGGGGCCGGCGAGCAGGCCUAGUGGAGGGGCGCCUCCAGAGACCUGGGGCCACAUUGGCCGGUGAGACAGGACAGUGGCUCGGCCAGCUGUGUCGGGCCCUAGUCUGCUGGGAAUGUUUGGCUGCAAGAGGAUUUCUCCUGGGGAGGACAGCUGAGGGCCAGAAGGGACUUUCGGUGGCGUGCUGUCUUGGAUGAGCCGUGGCCCUUGCUUCCUGUAGCAGUGAAUGCAGACAGGGCUGGGGACAGAGAUGGCCGUGCUGCACAGGCUUACUUACCUCCUACUAUGUUUUAAAGCCUUUUUUAAAAAAACCUUUUAAAUUUUAUAUUGUCAGUGUAGAUUUUCUUCUAAAUUUAUUCUGAGAUUGCGUGAAUGCCCAGCAGGUGGAGUUCUUUCAUGUACAUGUGAAAAGGUGACAUUUAUGUAAUAAGAGUGAUCACCCACACAGUCUCGGGGCCUGGGGAUAUUUCCCUUCUCCUGUUAUUUCCACUUAGAAAUAAGGAAAAGGAGCCCAAAGAGGGAAACCAAGUCACACAAAGUCACUCUGUUAGGGCCUGCCCCGUGCCCGCUUCUGAGUGGGCAGGUGCAGGGCUAGAGGCCCAACUUUCCAUCAUGUCAGGUCUUCCUACAAUUUUUAAAUAAUUUCUGUCCCCGUGAGUGUGUUGACUGCUUAACUUUUUAAGGCCUUUCUGAAGAAAGAAGCAGACUGGGAAAAGUUAGCCUUUUCACUUUGGCUACAGCCUCACAUUCCCUGGACCUUUGUCGCUUCAUCAUAAAUGGACAAAAAACCCCUCUGCUUUACAGAGCUUGCUUGAUGAGAACUUUAACUCUCAAACACAUCCAGUACUUGAGCCCAGAAGACCCCUGGGCUGCUAGCAUCCUUGUCGCAGAAUCCAUACAUUUAGACGCCCCAGGGAGUCUCUGGCCCGCCCUCCAUGGAAGCCACCCCAGCACCAGUCCGCUCACCCAUGUCACUGAGGACGGCCUCCUGCAGCUCCAGCCUUCCAGGGCUUAGACCCCGAAGACCAGGAGGGGGCAGUGGCGGUGGACGAGGAGGUAGAAGACCCAGGCCCAGUCGACCUCCCAGGGCCUUGCCAGAGCCACUGGCCGACCCCAGCUGGGCCCCAGGGCUGGGGAGCUGGUGACAGCGGGAGCUGCCAAGAAAGGACAGAUGCGAGGAAGGCAGGACCGGCCUCCAUGAGAGAUUUUCCUAUCAUGCUUCUGGGAAGAGGAGUUGUACUAACUGCCACUAGGCUUGGGGAGACAGGGGUCCUCCCUGCAGUCAACAUUUUAAAAACAGCCGGAAUAGUGGUGAGGACGAAAGAUGGCCAUGGAAGUCAAGCCUGGAUGAGGAAGGACCCUGGGUGGGCAGCUGCAGUACCUUUCCCGGCCUCCCUCGAGCUCACACUUGCAGCCAUUUGAGUUCUGGCUGAUGGGCUGUGGGCAGAAGACAUGGUCACCAUUUCCAGGCCUGGCUUCUCUAAACCUCUCAUGGGCCUCUUCCCCAUCCUCUGGCUGAAUAGAGAGCUGCCUGUGGCCCAAGAGGAGUGUGGAGCCACAGAAUGCAAGGAGCUGCACCCUAAAAUGACUGGAGCAGAGGCCCUGCAAGUUCUUCACCGUGUGAGAAAUAAACUUUUACUGUGAUCAGCGACUGAGCGCUCUAGCCUUAUCUGUUGCAGCAGCUAGCAUUAUUCUAACUAAAACUGUAGGUGAAAAGUAAAUAAAAACAACUUCAUUAA